GCCAAUGAGGAGGCGGGAGCAGUGCUGGCGGGGGGCGGGCGCGGGAAGCGCGGGGCGACGGCUGUUCCGGGGACGCGCGGCGGGCCGGCCAGGCCUGGGGUCGGGGCGGCGGGCAGCAUGAGGUGCCUGAUCACGGGCGGCAACAUCAAGGUGCUGGGCAAGGCCGUCCACUCCCUGUCCCGCAUUGGGGACGAACUCUACCUGGAGCCCCUGGAGGACGGGCUCUCCCUGCGCACGGUGAACUCCUCGCGCUCGGCCUAUGCCUGCUUUCUGUUCGCCCCACUCUUCUUCCAGCAGUACCAGGCGGCCGCCCCGGGCCAGGGCCUUCUGCGCUGUAAGAUCCUGAUGAAGUCCUUCCUGUCCGUCUUCCGCUCGCUGGCGAUGCUGGAGAAGACGGUGGAGAGGUGCUGCAUCACCCUCAAUGGCCUGAGCAGCCGCCUGGUGGUCCAGCUGCACUGCCGGUUUGGGGUGCGGAAGACCCACAACCUGUCCUUCCAGGACUGUGAGUCCCUGCAGGCCGUCUUCGACCCAGCCUCAUGCCCCUACAAGCUCUGCGCCCCCGCUCGGGUCCUGGGGGAGGCCGUACUGCCCUUUCCUCAGGCGCUGUCAGAGGUAACGCUGGGCAUUGCUCAGGGGCGCAGAGUCGUGCUGCGCAGCUACCAGGAGGAAGACGAGGCAGACAGCAACACCAAAACCAUGGUGACCGAGAUGAGUCUGGGUGAGGCUGACUUCCAGGAGCUGCAGGCCCGAGAAGGGGUGGCUGUUACCUUCUGCCUCAAGGAAUUCCGGGGGCUCCUGAGCUUUGCUGAGUCAGCUAACCUGCCCCUGAGUGUGCACUUUGAUGCUCCAGGCAGACCGGCCAUCUUCACUGUCGAGGAUUCCACACUAGAUGGCCACUUUGUCCUGGCCACUCUGUCAGAGGCGGAGGCAGAACUGGAGCCCCGCAGACCCCCGCUCCAGGCUCACAGCACUCCCCACCAGGAGGACUUCACCAGUGAUGACAUGGACGCCUACAUGAUCGCCAUGGAAACCACUGUAGGCAGUGAGGGCUCACGGGUGCUGCCCUCCAUCUCUGUUUCCCCUGGUCCUCAGCGCUCUGACAGCCCUGUGUGGUCCUCCGAGGAGGACGGUGAUGAAGCUGAGCCUAGUACUAUACCUGGGACCCCACCACCCAAGAAGUUCCGCUCCCUGUUCUUCGGCUCCAUCCUGACCCCUGCACACUCGCCCCAGGGCCCCAGCCCUGUGCUGGCAGAAGACAGCGAUGGGGAGGGCUGACCAGGGCAGUGAGCGGCUGUGCCGGAGCCGGGCUGGGCACCAAGCCGCUGCCUGCCUGCAUUGAGCUGGAACUCCUUAGACAAAAGCCCAGUGGGUCCCACCGCAUCCCAGCCACACCUCGGGGGUGUCCAGGGCUUUCCCUAAUACUCCAGCUCUGGGUUGGAAUUCUAAGAACCUCUGAACCCAAGUGUGUGACAGAGGCUGUUGUGGCCGGACCUGCAUCUGGUGGAGUUGGGUUUCCUGGCAGCUGCCAGGCUUAGUUUGGAACAAGGGAGACGGAGGCCGUGGCGAGAAUCCAGCUUCGACCUUUAUUCAAGAGACCAGACAGGUUGCCCCAGGAUGCGGCCACCAGCCCGGCAGCCCAGCAAGACUGGAGCCCUGUGACCUGGCCUACUGUUGCCCUGAGCUGCAGCCUUAGCCCCGGGACCCUGCUUGCAGCCUCUGCAGGUGCAGGCAAAGGAACCCUGGGGAUCGGAUGCUGCUAUUGAUUCAUUAAAAAAACAAACAAAAAACACCAGGGUUCCGUGCUCCCCAUGGUGGGCAGCCCUGGGCUGCCUACUUCCUGUACAAU